CCGAUCCUGUGAAAGCGUCCACGCGAAUUUGGCGUUCGCGGCCCUUCGUGGGAGAGGGCAAGAAAACCACGGAGCGAGAGAGAGAGAGAGAGGAAAAAGAAGAAAGAGAGAAAAUAGAGGCUCGUUGCUCGAACGCGCAUCGGUUCCCGAUGGAGAUCCACGGCGAUAUGUUGAUCCCGGCGAGUCACGACGUCAGCCUGUGCCGCGUGUGUCUGUCCAUGGAUCACGACAAUCAGUGCAUUUUUCGUAAAGACUGGAAUAAUCCGAGUGACACCUUCAUGCUGUCGGAGAAGCUGCAACUGUGCAGUGGUGUGGAGGUUCUGCAGGAUGAUGGUUUGCCCACAAGCAUCUGUACCAGAUGUAUGAUCAAAGUCAACGUUGCCUAUGAACUGCGACAACAGUGUCAGAGAUCAGACAUGGAGCUCAGAAGGCUGUACGGGAAAGCGUUGAAGAAGUAUAUUGUCACCGACAGUGUUCCCGUGAAGGAUCAAUCUUGUCAAACCGACCUAUUUUUUACCUCGAAUACAAUCAAAUCGGAGCACAAUGCUGAGUUGAGUGUAAACGACGAGAUCGAUGUACACAAAAGUAGCUAUGCAACAGAAUCAAAAGGAGUCAUGAGACGUGAGCAAGUUUUAAAUGUCCCGAGCGAAAUCAAUCAUGUAGAGGAUAUCCCAAUAGAUGAUGAACUGGAUAUGGACUGUGUUAGUAAGUCUAAGCAAGUAGGAUACGAGAAAGCAACUAAAAAGGAAGCUUGCCGGACGAGAAGAUUUACUAUGUUCAAAAGAGUCACAUCUAUGGAGAACUUGAAAAAUUAUAAGGAGAGGCAGCGAAGGUAUAUCAAAAAGAGCGUCAAACGCGACGCCAGCGAUAGCGAGUGCCACACAAGAACGAGGAAUGCCCACAGUAGAACGGAUGAAACGUCCGAGUACGAAUUACAGUAUAAAUGUUCGAAAUGUGAUAGAUUAUAUUCCAGUAAGAAGUCUUUAGAUAGACACACGCUGACUCAUAAUGAGAAAAAGUUCAAAUGCGAUGACUGUGAUAAGGAAUUUUUCUGCCUGGAUAAACUACUCAAGCACGUUAAUUUGCACAAAACGAAGGAGAAGCCAAAGCCGGUGUCGUGCAGGAUAUGCAACAAGAGCUUCAGGAAGACCGACACCAUGGUCAGACACCUGAACGUACACAAAAAGGUGAAUCCCAAGGAAGUUUUCUGUAUACUGAAAGAGAUACGGGACAAGAGAAAAUCCGAGAAUAUUCUGGAAUCUUCUGACGAAUCUCACAAUAUGUUGUUAACCGGCAAGGACGAGGAAACGACGAAUGACGAGAAGUCACAAAGUGAGAACGACGGCACGACGAGGGAACUGAGGAAACGUAGCGUAAGAGCGGAGCAGAGGAGCUCGGAUCUGUUGAACAGCGAUUCCAGCGACGACAGAUUCGAGCCCUCGUGCGACGCGUCGUUCUAUCACUGCGAGCACUGCAGCAAGCGUUAUUCCACCGAGAGAGCUCUCCAACGUCAUCUGUUGGUACACGAUGAGAAGAAAUACGUCUGCAACGUUUGCAACAUGAAGUUUUUCCGGCCGGAUAGACUUAAAAGCCACAAGGAUAGGUACGGCCACGACGAGAGCAAGGUAUGCUCAGAACCGCAGAAACCGCCUGACGACAAGUCGGCCAUCAAGCUGAUAAACAGCUGGAUAAGGGAGGAGUUGGACUCGGACAACGAGGGCAAGGGUUUUCCUUGUAAGCUCUGCGGCAAGUCGUACGACACGAAGAAGUCCCUGGUGAAGCAUCAGGUGAACGCGCACGAGACGAAGCGGGAUCCGUACUGCGCGAGCAGCAAGGACCAUCUGGAAAGAGGCGGCCCGGAGAAGUCGAAGCCGUACACGUGCGAGGAGUGCAACAAGUCGUUCGAAAAGGAGAUCAAGUUACAGCGGCACCUCCGUAUCCACGAGCGUGCCAAGGAGCAGCAGGACGCGAACUUCAAGCGCUUCCUCUGCCACAUAUGUAGCAAAACGUUCCGCCAGAACACCGGGCUGAUGUUCCACAUGCGCACGCACACCGGCUACAAGCCGCACGUGUGCAAGUACUGCGGCCGCGGCUUCACGUCCAACUCGAACUGCAUCAAUCACGAGCGGACCCACACGGGCGACCGGCCGUUCGUUUGCCAGUACUGCAGCGCGGCCUUCGCCAAGUCUUGCACCCUCAAGGCACACAUCACCACGCACACCGGCGAGGCGAAUUAUCACUGCAAAACCUGCGGCAAGUCGUUCCGCCGGCUGAAAUACCUCAAGGAGCACCGUUUCACGCACACCGGCGAGAAGCCGUACGCGUGCAAGAUAUGCGGCACCGCGUACAGCCAUUCCGGCAGUCUGUUCGUGCACGAGAAGAAGUGCAAGGCGCAGUACAACAAUUAUCAGCCGAGCGUGGCGCAAAACGCGCAACAGGCCGCCUACGGUCAGUCGGCCGCUCAGAUCGUCGCCGGCGGCGUUUCCGCGGCAUCCCCCUCGGUCAUCACGCCCAUCAUCAAUACGUUGCCGCAGGCGCAGCUGAGCGUAGUCAAUAGUACUCUGAACGUGCAGACGGGCAAGAAUUACGUGGACAACGUUCAACGGACGAGUGCGGCGCACACGGCGAGCACCGCAGUCGUCUCGUCGAGCCUGCACUCGAGUGCUGAUAUUCCCGAAAUGAAUACCCCCGUCAAGAAUUUCGCCAUUAUUGGGCAGAUGUUUCACAUGUAGUGGCAUGAGAUGUAUGUAAGCGAAAAGUGUGCAGGCAAGCGCGCGUCUCUCAAAAGACUUCACUGUGAUAAACGUCUCUUUUUCUACUGAUAGGCAAGGCGUAUUUUAUACUUUGAAUGUAACUGCUUAUUCUUUUGUAAUUUGCGUUAAUUUAGAUUUGUAUGUUAUAUAACGUUUUGUAUAUACGAAAUGUUCAGUAUAAUGUAUACUGUAUAUUACGAAUACGGGAAAGUUGAGAUGUAGUACGUACAUUUUAUAUUUCGCACGCGGAUUUUAUUAGAAAUUUAUACCGUGCAGAAAUUCUAAUGUAGAGUUUCUAUCAAUGCUGUAUGUCGAGAUUACGUAAAGAAUUUUGUGACAGCACGUGUACAUAUAACAUUGCAUAUUUGAUAUUUUAAUUGAAUUGUUAUUAUUGUACAUACGUACGUAUGUAUUGUAUAUAUAUACAAUUGUACGUGUAAUUGUGUUACGCGGAUCACUCGUCUGUUAAAUAAGGUCGUGUCAGUCACAAUCUCAAGUUCUUACGAGUUUUAUCACAUUGCGAAAAUAACAAUUUUUUAUCAGGAGUGAUGACACAUGAAAUGACUUGCGUGUUCACAACUUAUUUGAGCAAAUAAAAAUUUUGCACUCGUACAA